AUGCCGCGAAAGCGCACUCGUGACGAAAUGGAGGCCUCUGAGCCCCAGGAGAAGAAACAAGACUCAUCACUGCUACAUAAGAUACGGAACAUGUGGGAAUUUGCCUCUGUAAUGCAAUUUAUCUUUAUGUUUGGCAAGGCUAUCAAGAUCGACGAAGACUUUGACAUCGAGGACUUUGAGAACGAAUGCCUAAGUCCAGGCCAUUCCGAGAAACUUGAACAAAUCGGGCUGACCCUUCUGAAAUGGAUCUCUUCCCAUCGAGGCCUCAACUAUGAUAUUUGGGAUGAAUACACUCGACGGCAAUACUUGGCAAAAGCCCCUCAACUCAACCCCUAUGGUGACGAAGAGACCCCGAGACGAUUCCGAGACUUCGAUAUUUUCACAAAGAUCAGAAUCUUGCAUCAGUUGACGGUCUGGACCUUCUGGAAUCCUGAUCGCUUGAGAGAGAAGAUGGUAGAGCACCCGCGCGAUGCUGAUCAGAUAGAAUGGCGUAUCGAAGAAUUUGGUUAUGACAGAGACGACCGCCAAUACUAUCUGCUUGAUGACAAUCGAUUCUAUAGACGCACAGAACCUGCCCUACCCUCUGCGCCGGCACCCAAAAAGAAAGCAAAGGCCAACACACUGAAAGCAAUCGCAGCGAGGAGAAGAGCAAGCAAGCGCAGAAAGAUUGAAUCUGAAACUCCAGAGGCAGAAGACACGUCUGAACUCAUGAAUGAAGAAGAUGGAUCUGCUAAUGACGUGAGCCCCGAUCCGUCUCAAGCUGAUACCUUUGGUGGCUAUAAGUGGGAAUGUCUCGCGAUAACACUCAAAGACUACGAAGGGCUGUGUCUAUCGUUUGCAAAGAGCAAAGACCCCAACGAGAAAGCCCUUAAGGAGCGUAUCGAAGAAGAGGUCAUCCCUAUUAUUCAAAAUGCCGAGGAGAGACACCAACGUAAAAUGGAGCGCCGCCAGAGAGAGUUGAUGAUGAUGGAGAAGAUGGUAGGUGCAAAGCGUUCAAGCAGAUUAGCCGACAAGCAAGACAAAGAGCGUCGAGAAGCUGAAGCGAUCGAGAAUGAUCGCAAACAGCUCGCUGAACUGGCAGCCGCCCACCGUGAGCAGGAGAGACAGGAGCAGAUGGAACAAGAAAGACAAUAUCGCAUGAUGACUCGAGAACAAAGGAUCAAGGAUCGCGAAUACAAGCGCCUUCUUAAGAUGGAGGAACUUGAAAGAGACGCUGCUGAGGAAAGAAGAAUUGCGGAGGGUGAGAUCCGCGGUUCUGAUCGAAAUCUAAAGCAACGUAUCGAAAAGAACAAGAAAGAACUCGAAGAUCUUUCUGCUGAGGAAGAGUGGACAUUUGAUUGUUCACGGUGUGGCAAGUAUGGGAAGAACUACGAUGAUGGUGCUCAUAGCGUUGCUUGUGAGCGUUGCAACGUGUGGCAACAUAGCAAGUGCUUGGGCAUUUCCAAAGCUGCAGCCGAAAAGGCUGAUUUCAUCUUCGUUUGUCAAGAUUGCAAACAGAAGGAAGAAGACGCAAAGAAGCCGAAAGUUACCAUCAAAUUCAAAGUCGGCACAUCUUCAUCCCCUGCUCCACCAAGUCCAGCCUCAACUCAAACUCGUUUCGUCAGCGUUGACAUCCCCAAGGCUAAUAAGGCUGGGGAAUCAAAUCAAACCGGAGCUUUGAAUGAGACACAGAUGCAACAAUCCUCACCACCCAGUCAAUCUAUCAACGCCUCAUCCCCUACAUACCCCAGGCACAACGGCACUUUCCAUCAUUACAGCCAUCCUCAAACCUCAAAUUCACCUUCUCGUCCAAUCUCGUCAACCUCGCAGCAAUCUCCGAACUCGAUCGUGUAUAGAAACCACAAUUCAGUGUCACACGCUGCUCUCCCUCAACCCCUGCUACAUCGUCCCACUGGUCAUACAACCCAAAGUUCAUCGAUUCCAUCUCAUCCUUCAUCCGCCAGCACGCCUCAACAGAACGGAAAUGCAAGUUCCAGAGCACAAACUAUAUCUGCCGCUCCUAGUCAGGUCUGGCAAGGUCAGACUCCAGGCAAUGCUCGUGCGGCUGGUGAUGUCGCUCGGCUUCCUUCUCCUGUGCUCAAUCGCCCCACCAUGUCACCGACACAAGGCAAUAUGGAUGUCGGUCCUGUGGCUGGAGUACCUCAGAAAUCCUCAGUCCAUGGUCGAGCCACAAAUGGCCAUGCUCAUAAUCUCAAUGGUGUCACGCAAUAUCCACUGGCAACUCCUCGUGCUAACAGCAAUAUCGCUUCAGCUGAGACACCUAACACGGUUCCACUUUCUGGCCUUUCACCUAAGAAGCAACAAACACCAGUUGCAUUUGCGACAACACUCCACGUUCCGAAAUCUGGUGGAUUAUCGACACCUCUGACAAGCUCACAACAGGCAUCGCUCAAUACCUCCGCUGGCUCAGGAGCCUCUCAAGUCCAGAAAAGAUCCGUCAGUGGAACUCUCAUCCUCCCACCCAUUGAGAAUCUGAGGCCGAGCCCCGAACAAAUGAGAAAUAUGAGCAGCAACGAACCUGUUCCGACACCCAGCAAGCAAUCCCCACCUCAGACCUUUCCCAAUGGAGCUCUUGCGAGCGCCUCCGAAGAUCAAGCCCCAGUGCAGCAGAGUCCAGCUAUCACACCUACUGGGUUGGGAAUCAGUGCUCCUCCUUGA